ACGCGGCUGGAGGCGCAGAACCGCGGGGCUGAGGCGGGAACGAGCAAAAUAAGAGGCAGGCGAGCCAGGGACAGCCACCAUGUCCUUCCCGCAAUUUGGACACCCCUAUGGCAGCGCUUCCCAGUUUCUGGUGUCUGCAAGUUCCAGUGCCACUUGCUGCGAAUCAGCCUCGCGCUCCGUCCCAGAUGUGGCUGCAGGCUCCACCCCGGCGGCGGCGACUCUCUGCUUAGCACCCUACGAUGGCCGGCUGCUGGGCAGUGCGCGGCCUGAACUAGGCACAGCCUUGGGCAUCUAUGGAGCCCCCUACGCCGCCGCCGCUGCAGCUGCCCAGAGCUACCCUGGGUACCUGCCCUACAGCCCAGAGCCACCCACGCUGUACGGGGCGCUGAAUCCACAGUAUGAAUUUAAGGAGACUGCAGGGAACUUUACACCUGGCCUGACACAACCAGGAGCCUAUUAUCCCUACGAGCCGACUCUGGGGCAAUACCAGUAUGACAGGUAUGGAGCCAUGGAGUUGAGUGGCGCUGGGCGCAGAAAGAACGCCACCCGAGAAACCACUAGCACGCUCAAGGCCUGGCUCAACGAGCACCGCAAGAACCCCUACCCCACCAAGGGCGAGAAGAUCAUGCUGGCCAUCAUCACCAAGAUGACCCUCACCCAGGUGUCCACCUGGUUCGCCAACGCGCGCCGGCGCCUCAAGAAGGAGAACAAGAUGACGUGGGCCCCCAAGAACAAAGGCGGGGAGGAGAGAAAGGUGGAAGGUGGAGCAGAAGAAUCACGGGGCUGCCUAAACAGUGACACCAAAGACAGUGCAGCUAGCCAGGAAGCUCGCGGGCUCCGGCUGAGUGAUCUGGAAGACCUGGAGGAAGAGGAGGAGGAGGAAGAGGAGGAGGAGGAGGCCGAAGAGGAGGCGGCAGUGGUCACAGCUGCGGACAGGCUGGCUGAGUUCCAUAAGGACACGCAGUUGCUGCCGGCGCCCUGUGCUGCAGCUCGAGUGGGCCUCCUGGAGCGCAGGGAGUGCGGUCUGGCAGCGCCCUGCUUCUCCUUCCAUGCGUCCCCCGGAUCGCGAGACGCUGACUUCCUCCGGGCAGAGCCAGGGGGUCCCACACUGACCACGCACUUCCCAUGCAGCCAGAAACCACGCAUCUGGUCUCUGGCGCACACCGCUGCAGCCAGCACUGUCGAAGGUGCACCUCCAACCCCGCCCAAGCCGAGGAGUCCUGAAUGCCAUCUGAUUCCCAGACAGCCUGCAGGCUUGGGAGGGCGACCCUCGGUCCCCAGAGACUCUGCAUGUGAGGAGUCUUCCCGCGUAGCCAAAGCCUUUGGAAAGCCCACGCUGGCGCUGCAGGGGCUGCCCCUGAACUGUGCUCCGUGCCCGCGGCGGAGGGAGCCGGCAGUGCAGUGCCAGUACCCAACCGGAGCAGAAGCAGGUUAGCGCAAUGGUGCGAUUUGCCGAAGAAUCUUGGAAAUAAACCCUACUUUUCAACUCACCUUCACUCUAAGAAGCUGGGAGUCCUCACCAGGAA